CCAACCGCCCCCUCAGUCUAUGUUACAUAAAUGGGUGUAUUUAAUAAGGUUUAAUUCUUUAAAAGAAGAAACAGCUAUUUUUACAGCUCUCAUUUAAAAUCACUGGUCCUCUUCCAUAUGAGACGUUGCCUAUCACUUUCUCCAUUAAACACACAUUAAUCUCUUCUUCUUCUUCCUUUCCAUUUUUCUCUGCAAUGGGGGCUUCUGGCAAAUGGAUCAAAGCUUUGAUUGGGCUCAAGAAACCCGACAAAGAUGACAAUGAAAAAGUUGGUGUAAAGGGCAAAAAAUGGAAGAUAUGGAAGAAUUCAUCAUCAUCCUCCAUUGAUGUGGGUGGGUCCUCUUCAUGGAAAGGUUUCAAAAGAAAUGGUGGCCCACAAGAUUCCUUCAGCGAUUCUUCAUCUCUUAAAAACGAUGCUUUCAAUGCUGCUGUUGCAACUGUAGUUAGGGCUCCUCCUAAAGAUUUCAGAGCUGUUAGGCAAGAAUGGGCCGCCAUUAGAAUCCAAACUGCUUUCAGAGCUUUUCUGGCAAGAAGAGCAUUGAGAGCUUUAAAAGGGUUGGUGAGGCUUCAAGCGAUAGUCCGUGGGCGGCAAGUUCGAAAACAAGCGGCUGUAACCCUAAGGUGCAUGCAAGCCCUUGUCCGUGUACAAGCUCGUGUUAGAGCUCGUCGUGUGCGUAUGUCUGAAGAGGGACAGGCCGUUCAGAAGAUGCUCGAUGAACGCCACUGCCAUGAUGAUAUCUUGAAACAGGCUGAGGAGGGAUGGUGUGAUAGCAGAGGAACGCUCGAAGAGGUUAAGACGAAGAUACAAAUGAGGCAAGAAGGAGCUGUCAAGAGAGAGAGAGCACUUGCAUACUCUCUUGCUCAACAGUGGAAAUCGAGCCAAAGUGUCGAUUACCCAACUCAUGUUUCUGUGCCCUCGUUAAAAACUCACGAUUUCGACAAGAACAACAACAACAACAAUGGAUGGAGCUGGCUUGAACGGUGGAUGGUGGCUAAGCCUUGGGAAAACAGAUUAAUGGAACAACAAAUCCAAAACAAUAAUAAUAAUAAUACCGAUCAUAUAUUGGACACAACGACUACUCCACCGCCAUCUAAGCCCUCAAAGGAGAAAUUUCCUAGGUUGUCCGAACCUAGUUCGGUUAAGGUGCGGAAAAACAAUGUCUCAACUAGGAUAUCAGCAAAGCCACCACAACCUACUCACUCUUCUUCGAGUCCGAGUUCUGAUUACUUCAGAUACGACGAAAGCUCUGCUUCUUCAUCGAUUUUCACUCCCGUUUUUUCGGAUAAAACAGAAGAGAGCAACAACAACAGUAACCAGAGCUGUAAUAGGCCUAAUUACAUGAACAUGACCGAAGCUACUAAGGCGAAACAGAGGAAACAAAAUGCUCAAAGACAGCAGUCCAUGGAUGAGUUUCAGUUUAUUAAAAAGUCGAUUGCUUUUAGCAAUAGUGAUUUGAAGAGCGGCGGUGGCGGUGGUGGUUGCCUUCCGGCCAGAACAGACAAGUUUUCAAGAAAGUUGACUGAUAGAGAGGCUUGCUUUUAAAUAACUAGUCGUCUUAAUAUCCGAUUUGAGUUUUACAACACCCUGUUGUUUGUUUUUAUGUUGAAAAACUGUAAUCAGAUUUGUGGUUUGAAUUCUGCAUUAUGUAAAAUAUUAUAAUCUAUGAAUUUGAACAAGCGACGUGCUUCUAUUUUUU